AUGCGUUGGACCCCGGUUGCCGAUCAGAUCCUUCUCGUUAAGAUUCUUGAAACCCAUGACUUGGUUCUCGACACCAAUAAAGUAGCGCAAGCCUGGCCUGAAAAUACUGGAGGUGAACUGCCGCCAACGCCUCGCGCCGUCAAAGAACGCAUUGCCAAGAUCCGCGAAAUGGCCAAGAAGGAAGGGGUUCUCAAUACUCCCAAGCCCGCUUCCAGCAGCCGAAGCAAAAAAGCCGGCGUCACCAAGGCCACUUCUACUCCCCGCAAGCGCAAGCAGAAGGCCACUUCGACGGAGCCACAAGUCAAGAUCGAACAAGCGGCGGAUAAGGCUAUCAAUGAACUUCUGGCAGCUGGCGAAGCCGAGGGGGCUGGAGAGUCCUCACCACAGCGCUCCAACUUGCCUGAUGAGCUUGCCGACGAGGAAUACGUCUAG